AUGUUAAUACUGUUUGACAUUCCGUGCUAUCAAACAAUCGACUACAACCUUCAAACCUUUCAAGGAAAAGUUAUAAACUUUGAUGGAUCUAGUUUUAUGUGUGUCUAUUUAUGGGAUGAGAAAACAAAAUCCAUCGUUCUUAGUAGCUUUUUCUGGGGCUAUGUAGUCACCCAAAUCCCCUCAGGUCAACUUGCUCAAAAAUACGGCGGCCAAAGGAUCUUAUUCUGGGGAAUCUCGAUCUGUUCUAUACUCUCUGUUCUAACACCGUUCUGUGCCAAAAUCGGUGGAUGGCCCUUUGUGUGUGCUCUGAGAUUAGUUCAAGGAUUAUGCCAAGGAUCGGUUUUCCCAUGCACACAUAAUCUUAUCUCGAAAUGGGCACCAAUCAAGGAACGCGGGAAACUGGGAACAAUUUCCUAUUCUGGUUCCCAACUCGGUACUGCUCUUAUGCUCUGUGUAAGUGGAGAAAUCGCUUCGUCCUUUAUGGGAUGGCCUGGAAUAUUUUAUAUGUCUGGUGGAGCUGGUUGUGUUUGGGGAUUGUUGUGGUAUUUCUUCGCAUCGAAUUCGCCUUCGGAAAGCCGUUUUAUCUCGGAGGAAGAGAGAUUGUACAUUGAAAUGUUACCCGUUCCGAGUGCUGAGUCCCCCAAAGACACCAACGAAGAAGAAACCAAACGAAAGUUACCAACUCCAUGGCUUCACAUUUUGACUUCGGUUCCAUUCUACUGUUGCAUGCUUGCCCAUGCCACUAACACUUGGGGCUAUUACACCCUUCUCACUCAAAUACCCACCUACUUGAAGAGUAUCCUUGGAAUGGACAUCAAAAAGAAUGCUUUACUUUCAUCCCUUCCAUACUGGGUGAUGCUGAUGCUCAGUUACUUCUUCCUGUUUAUUUCGGAGGUUCUUAGAAGGACACAAUGCAUGAGUUUGUCGGUUAGUCGUAAAUUUUUCAACACAGUUGGACAUUGGAUUCCAAUGCUUGGACUUAUUGCCAUGGGAUACAUGACCAAGGAAAAUGAAACCCUUGCUAUUGCCUUGUUGAUGAUGAUUGUGGGUAUGAAUGCAGCCUGCUACUUGGGUUUCCAUCUAAAUCAUAUUGAUUUAUCUUCAAAUUUCGCUGGCACCUUGAUGGGAAUGACGAAUUGUGCGGCGAAUCUGAUGAGUAUUAUGGCACCACUAGCCGUUGGAUUUAUCGUUACUGAUGAGAAAAAUCCAGAACAAUGGAAGAUAAUCUUUUUCAUAACAGCAGGAUUCUUCUUUAUUGGAAACUUAAUGUUUAUUAGUUUUGGUAAAUUUGAAACCCAAUACUGGAAUGAUCCUAAGCCAGUUAUCGUUAAAAGAGCCAAUAAUAGAAGUCAAAAUUCAGUAUACAUGGACACAGUUCACUAAAGUAUUUCUUUUCAAAUCGAUUUUAAAGUAAAACACAACAAAAACACACUCGUGAUCUAGUCACAAAAAUUAAAGUUAAUGUAAAAUAUAAAAUAUAGUUACUAUAUAAUGUAAGGAGUAAAGUAAUGUGUAACUUUUAUCUUAAAGUUUUAAAAUUAUUUAAAAAAAAAACAAUCAUCAAUCAUCAAUGGAUGUAGAUUGUAGGUGUCAGUAUUCUUAGAUAGAAUUAUUUUUGUUUAAAUUGUGUGUAUUUGAUGUUAAGAAACUACAAAAUUGAAGAAAACAUUUUAGAUAUUUUUGCUAAACUUACUGCUGCUGCCAAUUUUAUAUGAAUAUGUGAAAUAAAAAGAAUAUAC